AUGACAGCCGUGAAAUUGGCGAAUUUUGGGGGCGCUGCCGAACGGAAAAGGCCAUAUCCCGAAAAUUCGCCGAGAACGCCGCUGGAAAAACGCAAAAGUGAUGGUGGAACAAAUGGAGAUAAUCACGGAAGUGGACUGUGCUUGACAGUGAAUAAAGAAAUACCUGUGAUUGAAUUAUCCGAUGAUGAAGAUGAUACUCAUAAUCAGCAAAAUAAUGCCGAACGACAAACUGUUAAGCAAGAAAAAAUCCCGAUGGAAACGCUACCAAACGGAAAGCCAGCUGAACCAAGUGGUCCUAGUGAAAUUAAAAAAAUAAAUGAUCCGGAUGGAAAAAGUGGUAUUAUAAACGGAAAUGAGGCAGCGGAUGCAGAGAAUGAUCAGAAGUCAACGUGUUCUUCUGAGGAUAUUGUCAUUUUGAGUGAUACUAUGGAUCUGUCCGCGAUGGACUGCGGUUCGAAAAUUAAGUAUGAGCGACGAAUAAAGCAUGUUUAUGCGGUUUGUCGACAGUCUCGGAAUGGUGAGCAGAUUUGCGAUUUAGAGUCGAUUGAUGACAGUGAUGCUGUGCGAAUGGUUUUUGAUGAGGAACGAAUCUCACAAGCUUUAGUGGCGUAUCAUGUCGAGAAGAAGACUGUACCCCAGGCUGCUGCCUCUUUGAAAAUAUCGAAUUUUGAGUUAAUUGUAUACCUGUUGGAUCAUAUUUGGCAUGAACGUGAUCGAACUGUGGAAGGGUACAGUUUGGUGGGUGUAGCAUCGUUCAUUCGAAUCGAGCGAGCUGCGAUACAGUUCAUCAACUCGUUGCUGGUGAGGCCUGAGGAAAUGACUCCUGCACAGUUUAUAGCCGUGGGUUCUUAUUAUUUUUAUCGAAUGUGUUAUCAUCUUGAUUAUAUCAGCAUUCGCUUGCAGAGGACAUUACUCGAACCAGUUGAACUGAUUUUCAUAAUGACCGUUUUAUUGGCCAGGAUGUACAGGAAAAUCGAGCCUAUAUCGCAUACGACUACAGAUGUAACGAACAUAUGUGGCGAGAUUGAUAAGAGUACGAAGGCAAUGCACAUGGAGUGUUUACCCUCAUCGAAAGUAAUACCAAAACCAUCGAUACUGCCAGCGAUGUGGUCGAAACGUGCCACUCGACUCGAACAAAAGGCCCUUAAUGCAUCUGCUGAUAAACCGUCAUCGAAUGUGAGCAGUAUUGAACCGAAGAGCAGUAUUAUUAAUAAUAAUGUGAAUAACGUCUAUAAUCAUACUAUCAGCAGUCAUAAUGUUGAUGAGAAUAAUUCGAAUAAUAAUAAAAAUAAUUCAACUGAGAGUGAUUUAUCGAAGAAUUACAAUGAAAGAUGUCAGCAACCCCUCUCGGAGAUACCCAGAUUGGUAUCUGGAGGCGAAGAUAUCAGUGUGGUUGAAACGCGUCUGAGUGAAUUCUCAAGACCUGGUUUUGUGCUGAUGGAGGACCCGGUGAAUUUAGAUGAUAUUCCCGAAGGGGCAGUAUGCUUGGGCAGACAGAAGUGUGGCCUGAACUUCAUUAGAUGUACCAUUAUCAGGAGACUAACAGCACGUGAAUAUUACGCGAGAUUCACGGAUGGAGUUGAAGAGUCAGUGGAUAUAUCGCGUAUCGCGAAGCAUGUGCCUGGUUGGCUGAGGAUUUGGGAGGGGGUGCGGGUGUGUGCCUUAUAUGAACCGAAAUUGACGCGCGAUCCCGUCCUGAAGGCAUUCUAUUCGGGAAUUGUUGCAGUUGGUUUGCAUGGGUUCACGAAUAAUGAGAUGCUGGUGCAUAUUUUUGUAUUUUUCGAUAACGGGUUGGAUGCGAUGGUGAACGCGAGAUCGGUUUGUAUUCUAGCCGAGCAGCAGUAUGUGACUCGAGACGAUGGAAAGAAGGUGAUCGAUCGACGUAAGAAUUAUGUGUUAAUGCCGAAAAAGAGGCAAAUGUUCGUGAAACACUAUCUGAAGAAAUAUCCCGAUUGGCCGUUGGUACCAAUGAAACGACGUGAAAAUACACAACGUGUUAAUGUGACCUUAAAUGAUGUGCCGUAUUCAGCGUUUGUUUUGCAAACCGAAAGGCAGUUUGCCCUGUUGAGAUUCCCACCGAAGAAGAGGGUUCCCGGGGCAGAUUGUGUGCUGGUUGGAUGCAAGAAGCAUGAACACAUAGACGAGUGGGUGUAUCGAGGAUCAGACAGACUGGACACCAUUCGUCAGACCAUUGAGCAGAUUCGUGAGAGAGAAGAACGUCAACAGCAAAAGAGUGUCUCAUUGAAUAUGGUUCAAUCGAGAAGAGAGGCGCGUUUAAUGAAUAAUUUCGAGUAUGCUAUACCUUUGGAUAAGGGAAGCAGUUUGAAUUUGAGUGAAACGAGGAGUGAUCCAGAUUUGAGCGCUAGAGGGCGAGCGCUUUUUAAUUUGACUGAAGAAACUGAGAAUGGUAGCGGUCAAACAAUGAAGAAUUUAUUGUGGCAUCCAAUAAACGAGUGGAAAUAUCUGCGAAAGAGGGUACAUGACACGUGCAGUGUUGAUUGCUUGCAAGAGCAGGAGACAGACCCGACGAAUCUGACUUUUAAGGCUUGUUCGCCGUAUAUGAUUCCGUUGAUGAGUGGUUGGAAGAGGCAGUGUGUGCACAAAUCGGCAUCAAAGAAGUUAAGUAAAGGUGAUCGAUUGACCAUAGUCAGAUACGAAACACCGUGUGGUAUUGCCAUGUACGAAAUGGCGCAAAUCGCUGAAUAUCUGAAGGUGACGUGCAGUCAUUUGACGGUGGAUUUGUUCACGUUCAACAGUCAUAUUCGACCGAAUGUGGUGUACAAGUCACCAAUAGAGUCGAGAUUGGUGAACGAUUACAGUCGUGGCUAUGAGGCAGUUCCGAUCGUGGUCACCAAUGAAGUAGACCACGAAACGCCACCGAAGAUGCAAUACGACCCGAGACGAUAUCCGUUCAAUGAAGACACUGAUGUGUCGACGAUAUCGAAGGAGUUCUGUUCGGGGUGCUCUUGCACGGACGAUUGUGCAAAUGAGGCGAAUUGUGAGUGCAGACAAAUUACGCGGACGGAAAUUUCAAGGCUGGCCAAGACUCUUCAACCGCUAACAGUGCGGGGAUAUGAUUAUCGGUCCUUGAAUCCGUGCAAUGAGGACGAAACAAUUCUGUCGGGUAUUUACGAGUGUAACGAUGCGUGUAAAUGCGAGAAGAAUAAGUGCAUGAAUCGUGUGGUGCAGUUGGGCAUUCGUAUUCCAUUGGAGUUGUUCAAAACGCAGAAAAUGGGUUGGGGUGUACGGACACUGGUUGAUAUUCCACCGGGCAAAUUUAUAUGCACGUAUGCCGGGGCGAUUCUGACUGACAGUCAAGCAGAGGAGUGUGGAAAAGCGUAUGGUGAUGAGUAUUUUGCGGAUGUUGAUUUUGUGGACGUAGUGGAGAAUGCGAAGCAAGCGGCUGGCGUGGACAUCAGCGAAGAUUAUUACUUUUCGGACGAAAAUGAAGAGACCGAGAAAGAAGAACGUAAAAUUGAUUUCGUUUCAGAGUCAGUCUCAGAUGAGGACUCGCAAGCGAGCGCAGGGAAUGGCAUCGAGCGUGAAAUAGAUGACGAUAAUGAUUAUUAUAGCGACUCAUACGAAUCGGAGAGUGGCGCUGAUCUUGGCUCGAUGAUCAGUACACGUUCCUCGAAAAAUCGUCCAAAGGAUUUAGCAAAUCAAAACAGUGACAGAUUGUUGAAUUCGAAUGAAACGGCAUCAACCUCGAAUAAUUCCGACGAUACCCUUCAAGCAGAUCUCGCAUUUGCGAGUACUUCGUUUUUGGUAUCGAGUCGAGACGAGAGAAAUGGACGUGGAAAUGCUAUUGGCUUAGAUGCAAAAUUGCAAUGCAACUCAGUGGUUUCAUCGAUGCUAAAUGGUGAAAGAAGUGCAGAGAGUGGUGGAUAUGCGGAUGAGGAUGUAUCGGAUGAGGAUUGCAUCGAGUGUGAUUCGGAUGGGAAUCGGGUUGCGAGUGGACGUGUGCAGGUACGGAUCGAUCCGGCAGCGAUUAGUGACGAUGACGAUGACGACGAUAAGCCGAGCGCUCGAUUCAGUAUGGUCAGUUAUGUGGAAGGGCACAAAAGGCCGUCGUUGUACACGAUCGAUGCGAAACGCAAAGGGAACAUCGGCAAAUUCUUCAAUCACAGCUGUGAACCGAACAUGAAAACAUAUUUGGUGUUUGUGGACACACAUGACUUUAGACUGCCAUGGAUUGCGUUCUUCACCACAAAAUACGUGGCUGCUGGAACGGAACUUUGCUGGGAUUAUGGUUAUACGGAAGGUGCAGUGGCGGGUAAGAAAAUGAGAUGUCUGUGUGGAUCAAAGAAUUGUCGAAAACGAUUGUUAUGA